AGAGUGCAGUCUGACGACUGUUCAUCAGCAAAGAAGAUACUAAAUGUUGCAUCUUAACAAAUGGCAUUUUCAUUAUCCAAGUAUGUUUAAAAAUACUUUUUGUACCAUAGGAUCUCCUAUGGUACACUAGGUUGCAUCUUUUUUUAUACUGAGUUAGAAAGUGCAAGAGAUUCUGUAAACUGCUGGGAGAGGAAAGAAGUCUGAGGAGCUAGACAAAGAAGUCUCUGGGACAGACGUUGCAGGUAACACACAGCUUUUUUUGUCUAUCCCUGAAGUGUGUGGCUUGACUAGCUUGCAUGAGUCUUCUGGAGUUACUCGUUUUUAUGGUCUCUUUAUGCUCUCUGCUUUGAUGUAUAUCAUCAUGUGAAUUGCUAGAUAAAUCUGAGGCAAGGAUGUGUGUGCUGAUGAAUGAAUUGUCCUUCCUCUGGGCAAGGAGGUUAAAUUAAACGACCCUUUGGUCCCUACCCGUCCUGUGAUUUGGGUGAGGUACAUCAUGAAAAUCUCAUUUCAUGAUGUUUAAGGAUGGUGGUUAUUUUUGCCAAGGGAACUGGAUCAUUACUUGGCCGUGAAAGUUAACAGUCAUGCUCAGCUGAAAGAGAACAAACUUAUUUGAGACUUAAGUCAAUGAUACUGGAUUAAAUGGCAUUCAUGGUAACAGUCCUACCCUGACUAAUAUGAUUUCCAUCAAAUUACAGUCUGACAAAAAGAGAGCAGCUAAGGGUGAAUAUGUGCACAUAUUUCUGCAGUGUUUUUCAGUGUGCGCAGAGCUAUAAUUCUUAUAGACACAGCAAUCUUCCAAGGUAGGUUACAUUGAGGCCCAGACUGACUACUCAGUGCAUUUCAUGACAGUAAACCUGCUUCUCUCAUGCCACAACAAAUCAAGACUUGCCAUAUUAUACCACUGGUGGCUCCUAAUCUGGUUAAGUAAAAUACACAUAUACAAUUUCUCGUUCAGGCUGGGCUUUACCUUCCAAAACAGGCAGCUUAGCUCUCUCACACAUUAUAGCAUCUUUUCUGCAUCAAAAAGAGAAAAAUAUAAGUAGCUUCCUUGCUGUUACCUGGUUUUGACAUUCCCAUAGCAACCCACCUCCAACUUUGGUGUCACAAGCUCACCCAUCAUCUGUUGCUUUACAAGCAGGAUUCUGUUCAAAGAUGAGUAAAAAGGCUGUGACAUGAAUGGGACAUAUUUUCCUGUGUGUUUCUGACAGCUAGAAAAUAAAGGCACAGCAUGACUCAGGUUGUGUGGACAUGAUCCAAUUUUGCAAAGGUUAGGUACUUUAAUUAAUGUAAAGAAAAGACAGGUGUCAUCACAAUCAGCUGCAUUUUAAAUAUAAUGCAGCAAUAAAUAGCCAAUCUCAAGCUGAGGAUAAUGCAGAAGAAAAAUUUGUCAUGAGAUGAGACUCUUGAUACUUAAACAAACAGGCAGAGGUUUAACCAAAUUGGUUGGCUCAAAUCUAUGCAAUAGGUAAUAAUACAGCUGCUUCUCUUAGCUAUCACAGUGCCAAGCAAGAAGAUUGUGUAUUUGUUUAGUCGCUCACAGAUAAGGCACCAAAUAGUGUGAUUUGGCACUAGCAUCACUCACUGAAAGUAACAAAAGAGUUCAGAUCUGUAAGGGAAGACUUGUGAAGUUCACCAAAUGUGGCAUCCACUUUUAAGUCCAUGGGGCUUUAAGCACUCAUGUGAGCAGCUUGAACUGAGCCAAGGAACUGGUGCAGCUUUUUUGAACAGAAAUUACAUGAGUUCUAAAUGGAAUUCGUUGGUGGCUGCAUUUUGGCUCAGUUGAAGUUUCUGAUUCACCUUCGAGGGCAGCCCCACGUAGAGUACAUCCCAAUAAUUCAGUCUGUAACCUACCAGAGCAUGGAGUGCCAUGGCCAAAUAAUUGCUGUCCAAAAGGGGACAUGGAUGGCAAACCAGGCAGAGCUGGAAAUAAGCCACCAAGGCCACCUGAGCCACCAGUGACAAUGUUGCAUUCAGGAAUAUCACCAACCUACUGGUCUGCUCCUUCCGAGAGAGUGCAGCCCAUAGGACAAUUCCCAUGGCACUAAGCAAUAGCUCCUCAUAACAGCUUUCUGGAAAAAAACUGCCUUGAAGUUAGGAGAAGAACCACUGCAAUACAGUGCCCCCAACCUCCACAUCUCAGAGCCACUCCAGAAAGAUACCGUGGUCAGUGUAUCAAAAGGUGUGGAGAGGCCAAUGAGAACAAGCAGGAUCCCGCUCUCCCCACCUCUCUUGAUGACAGUCAUCAACCUGGUAAAAGGAGACGCAAUCUUCUCAGUCUCUUGAGAUAGGUAUGACUUCCAGGAAAGCACUCCAGGUACAAAUGAAGGGCCAUAACUCCCCUCAAAGCAGAUUUCAGAGUAUGUUUAGUUUACUAUUCUGUUUUUACCAGCCUGUGGAUGCCAUUCAUAUUUUCUGCCUACUAUACUUUCUGGCAAUAAAACCUUGAGAUCUUUGAUGUCACUAGGGUGCAAUAUCUACGUAAAUGCUCACAAAACACUGAAUGACUGUCCCCCUAAACUAACAUGUUCCACCAUACCUGAGAUGGUUCCUUCACAUUAUGAAAACUAUCUUUAACAAUGCAAAGUUCAGAUCAGAAAUCUUAACCAUUAGCCCAAAGUUGACUGCAUAUAAAAAAAAUUAAAGGUCCUGCUGGUUUCCAAUUUCUUAGCACCAUGAACUUAGAUGAUGACACAAAGUGGCUCGAGUGGGUAGCCAAACAGUUUGAAAGUAUUGCCGGAGAAGAUAAAGAGAUUGACCUGGAAGAAUUCAAAGCUGCUCUCAAGGUGAAGGAGGCAAGUUUUGUCAAAUGGGGUAGGAAACCCAAUUGGGCUGAGGAUUGUGAAAAUGCAACGAUGUUUUUGCUUAGAAUGGCCCAUGUGUGAGGAAAUAUUAUAAAGAUAUUUGGCUUCGCCCCUUCUUUGGGAGGGAAUUUGUACAUUUAGAUUUGUGCAUGCGUACCUGGAGAUGCUUAAUUGGGAAUGGUGUGCAGAAGAAGGGUGGCUGAUGGAGACUAGGAGGUCAUGGGCAGAGAAGGAGGGUGCUGAAGAGCAAAAUCAGCAGGGCGGGGGAAGAAUGCUGGCAUCAGUAGGGACUGAAUAAGUAAGGGAAUGUUGAAGAUUGGGGGAUUUCGGGUUAGGUCAGAGUGGGGGCCCCGUUUUUCAUAACCUAUUUUUAAUAACCAGCCAGAUCUCCCUUUAUCUGAAAGUCCCCAGUUCACUAAUAUUUCAAGUUACUCAAUUGCUUCUAUUCCCGCAAUAUUGAAGCAAGGUCUAAAUAAAGACUAGUAAGAAAUUGGAGGGUGUGUGUGUCUGGUUUUCACUCCUGGAUUAACCCCCGCCCCCCAGUUGACUUUGCAAACAUUUUCGCCCUCUCCUAUAGUCCUUUUUUGCUGAGCGUUUCUUUGCUUUGUUUGACUUGGAUGGAAGCGGCACCAUCAGUUUGGACGAGCUGCUGGAGGCCUUGAAGCUGCUGGUACAUGGAAGUGAAACAGACAAACUACGGUUCCUCUUCCAAGUUUAUGAUGUGGACGGUAAAAUUCCAAAACAGCACCCUUGUUCACUUGCAUUUUGUCAAAACAAGAUCAUUGUUCUGCUCUGCAUUGGCACUUUAGGGCAAUAACUACCAGUGCUCCUGGCUUGGUCCAUUCACAUGGAAUGGUAAAUGACUACAGCAAUGUUUUCUUAUCAGAUCAGUAAUGUUUUUGUAACAGACAUAAAUGUACCUUUUAUUUUGGUGCAGAACUUUAUUUCUGUUUUAGUGCCAGCAUAACUUGAUUGCAUCUCACUGUAUCCUGAAAUAAGUCUUCAGAACUUGUAUCAAAUCGUGGGCUAUGAAAUAUGUUGGAGCAUUUACAAGGCUAGCCCAGCAGGUCCAAAUCCAUUGUGUUGGUUGUUUCUUCAGUGCAUAAAAUAAUGGUUAUGAAAAGUCCUCAGGGUUUUUUUUAGAGGCAAGAAUAUUAUAGUUAGAAGUGAUUUCAUAUUUGUGUGUGUGAGUGUGUCGUUGUUGGGCUUGCCUUGGUCACUACUGCCCAUUCACACCACUGCUUCUCCUGAAACAACAGGAGAAUCGCUGUUGAACAACAGGUGAACAGGCAGCAACAGGAAGGAAAGGGAAGCAAGAAAAACGAGAACACCCCAUGCCUCUCUGGGCCUCAGACAAGCUCUGCAUGGGCCUGUGUUGCGGUAAUCCAACCUAGAGGCUCCAACUGCCUUAAAUCUGGCCUGUUGCAGAUUAAUUUAUUUGAUGCCGACUGGAGAUCCUCUUCCACUGUAGGCAGUGGGUCCAUUGAACCCGAAGAAUUGCGCACGGUCUUGGAGUCAUGCCUGAAGGAGAGUUCAAUAUCUUUGCCAGAGAAGAAGUUAGAUGACCUCACGUUAGCCCUUUUCGAGUCGGCUGACUCUGACAACAGUGGGUCCAUCACGUUUGAGGAGCUCAGGGAGGAACUGGAGCGCUUCCCAGAGGUCAUGGAGAACUUAACCAUAAGGUAUUUUCUCUUCCACCUCCUAAUCCAACUUUUCUCAACUCACCUAAUGCCCUCCAGAUGUUUUGGACAAUUCCCACCACUCCCAGCAUCAUACAGUCAUGCUGGCUGGGGUCCAUGGGAGUUGUGGCAUUAAAACAGCUGGAGAGCACCAGGUUGGGGAAGACUGUCCUAACCCUCUCUGUAUCCUGUAACCCCAAAUUACCCCUUGAAAAUGCUGCUUCACUGUCCUCCAGCAGCCGUAAGGCGGCACCGGGGCUCCCUCAUCCUCAGUUCUGUCUUACAAUUCUUUCUGCCACUUACAGGAGGAUCCAUCCCAUCAAACCAACACUUUCUUAUUUUUUAUUUUUUAAAAUUUACAUCCCGCCUAAUUUUCAAAAGAAACUCGAGGCCGGUAACAAAUCCAGCCAACACAAUGAUAUUGACAUAUAUAAGAAUCCCCAUUAAAACACCCAGCAGGAGAUUAAAACAGUAACACAAAACACCAAAACUACUGUAACAAAUUCCAAAACAACCAUCCCAAACAAACAUCAAAGAGAAAUAAGAGAAAGAGAAAAAUGUUAUCUGAAGGCCUUCUUAAACCAGGAACUUUUUUUUUUACCAACUGCCUAAAAUUAUGCUGGGGCAGGGCGUGACACACCUCGCUUUUCUUAAUUUCUCUAGCAUUAGAAAGUUGUGCACCCAUCAGACCAAAAACUUGGGCCAAAGAGCCUGGGAAAUACCAGCAGCAGAAACAGAAGCAGCAGCAGAAGCAGAAAGAAGGUGGUGGUGUCAGGUUUCAGUUGCCAUCUCUGCAAGCUGGGUGGCUGGGCUCAUGAGAGUUGUAGCUGCAAGCAGCUGGAGGGCACCAUGUUGGGGAAGGCUGCUUUGAACCAUUGACUCAGCCUAGACAGGUCAUUUUCAUUGGCAGCCUGAGAAAUAUUUUCCCCUUUGACACCUUGAAAUGUUCUUGCCAGCAGCACCUGGGGUUUAGAAAUAAUUACCCACCCCUGCUUGCUUGCUAGGCUAAGAAACUCGCUCUGGGAGCCUCUUUGAAGGAAAGUUGCACCCUUUUCCCUCAGCCGCAGCUGCCUGCAUUCUCUUGGGGAUGAGCUGCAUUCCCCUGCUAUGUUUCAGCUCCGCGUAAUUGGAACUCUUGAGCCUGCUGCCUCUGCUGUCAGCUGUCAUUGCGGCGGAAAUCUGCUGCGGCUUGCAACACUGGGGCAGAGAGGAUUUCAGUUUCCUUAGCAGAUGAAAAACAGCCAAAGCAUCUUGUGGCACCCUAAAGAUUAACGCAUUUAUUCCCGCAGAAGCUUUCAUGGAUGAGAGCCUGUUUCGUCAGAUGUUCUUGGCUGUGGGUUCUGCCCAGCGAAAGAUGCCACGAUAAAUCGGUUCCCAUCUUUUAAAGGUGCCCCAAGUCUCUCUCGCUGAUUUGGUUGCAGGAAAAAAACUCGAGCAGCUGUCCCUCUGGAAUUCACAAAGGAUCAGUGAUUGGAAGGAGAAAACUCCCUUUGGAAAAAGAGAAGGGCUGUAUCUUUGUCUCUAGCUGCUUCCAUGUUGGAGCCCUCUAGCGCUGCUGGGGUGUUGCUUUUCUGCAAUUAACCAGAACCAAAAUUAAAACUCAGUAUAGCGCCAUAUUAUCUAGCAGUAUCCUCUCCUGUGGCCAAGACGGGUCCUUUGCUUACUCAUAAGCAAGUCCCAUUUAUCAUGGAUUCUCAGCAUCACGAUUUGAGUGUUUUGUCCUUGCAGGUUCAGCCUGUUUUGUUGUUGGCUCCUGAGAGAGAGCUGGAGGGAAAUUAGCAAUGAAUCGCUUCUCUGAGCUAUAGCCUCCGUGUCAGUUUCUUUUUCCAAAGCAGUGUCAUGCCUAUCUGUGACCUGGUGCCAGAUGUGGAGUCAUCGGAAGACAAACCAGACACCCCACAGGUCAAUGACCUUGAGGAGCAGGCAGGUUCCCCUAUAGGGGUCCUCUGGUUGAUACCUGCUGGAGCUGUAAGAGGAGAAUGGCGGCACCAAAAGCUCCAGUUCCAAGCCAAAGUGCAAUGGCAUAGCAUGCAUCUAUGGGCCCAGUGUGGGUAAGGCAUCCCUGAAACUCAUUCAGUACCAGAAGUAGCUGCCAGGGUGAUGUCUAGGAUGCCAAAGUAUGUAAGGUCAUCCUCUUGAGCCUUCUAGUUGCUGGAAGCAACACAGGUCUCUGGCUCCUUGCUCCUGAGUCUAGUUCCUUCUCUUUAUACCAUGCCUAAACUCCCUGUCAUGCUAAAUGUUAGACUGCUGCCUGACCUGGCCCCUGGAUCAUAUUUUGGACCUAAACUGCUUGACCUUGGUUUGUCCAGACCGCAGUACACCUGCAAUCCUGCUUAAGGCAACUGGGACCCGACCCCGGCUGGGCUGCACUGGAACAUGGCAGUCCUGUGGCUAUAGAGACCAAUAUGGGAGAGACAUGUUUUGUUGCAACUGGGGCAGAUGAAGGCAUCUGUGUUUGCUGCUGCAGAGGCACUGUGGCAUUUCUUCUCUCUCCGCUCCUCCCAGCAGUCAUUCCUCCUCUGCUCACUGCUGAGGAUGCAUGAUCUGUCUCCAGGCACUGCAGUCGUCCACAAAAGAUGCCCACAAGGCAGUGUUGAUGUUGCCAGCUUUCAUGUCACAUUUGCAGACAUAUUUGUAGCACAGAGCUGGUCUGCCAAUGGACCUGGUGCCUGAAGCCAGCUCCCUGUAGAGCAUGUUCUACCAUCUUCCGUUCUGUGGAUGGCAAAUGACAAAACAGCAGUGAACGUCACGGUUAAAGAAACAGGAAUGUGUGGAAGCUCGUGAGCCAACCGAUCACACACGUGGAAAAGCUGAAUCUGAAAUAUCUGCCUGAAAUACAAUAAAGCCUACAUCUGGAAGCGAAGAAUGUCAGUUCCAGAGAGGAGCCAAGGCAGAACCAACCUUUACCUAUUGCUUUAUUUGAGAAUUCCACAGGGCUUAGACAAAGUCCAAUGGACUUUUCUUUGCUUUGAGCAUGUGGCAAGGACUAAGUCAUGCCAAAUCUGGGGUCUGCUGUUUGGUGCUUUACUUGUCAAGCGAUCCCUGGGCAUCACACAAUGGCUUCUCUAGUCUAAAAGAGGCACGACAGGCUGCAGCAAGAGGGUCUAUUGAGCAAAUCCUCCAUCUUCUGAAAUUUCCAUAUGUGAUAGCAGUCCUCUGGUACUCGAGUUAACCAGCAGGUGGCUCUGUGUGAUCACUGAGGCUAGAAGCACAUGCUGUUCACAGAAGCCAGACCCCCGAGCGAUCAUGCUCCAGUACAGUGGUACCUCGCAAGACGAAAAACUUGCAAGACGAAAGGGUUUUUCGUUUUUUGAGUUGCUUCACAAGACGAAUUUCCCUAUGGGCUUGCUUCGCAAGACGAAAAACGAAAACGUCUUGCAAGUUUGUUUCCUUUUUCUUAAAACCGUUAAUACCCAGGGUGCAUUGCUUGAAGAGGUGCAGUUGCGACUUGACUUCGAGGAGCAACUCAUAGCACGCGGUGUGGUAGCCUUUUUUGAGGUUUUUGAAGACUUUGGUGAUUUUGAAGACUUUGGGAAACCGUGCUUCGCAAGACGAAAAAUUGGCAAGAAGAAAAAACUCACAGAACGAAUUAAUUUCGUCUUGCGAGGCACCACUGUAUUUGAAUACAUAUUGCCUCACCCAAGGCAGAAACAUCCACCCACUGGCCAUUCUUCAAGUCAGCCCACAUAAUCUUGUUUCCAGUAAGCCACAGUUCAGCUGCACUGUGUAACAAAGCUUUCAGAACAGCAGCUGCAGACAACUCAUGCGAGUGAGCCAAGCCCCAUGCUAUGUGGGAAAGUACAUUUCCCUCUGUGCUUUUCUAGUUCACCUGCCAAUCUGCCCCUGGGAGAAACUACAGUGGUACCUCGGGUUAAGAACUUAAUUUGUUCUGGAGGUCCAUUCUUAACCUGAAACUGUCCUUAACCUGAGGUACCACUUUAGCUAAUGGGGCCUCCCGCUGCUGCCACGCCGCCAAUGCACGAUUUCUGUUCUCAUCCUGAAGCAAAGUUCUUAACCCGAGGUACUAUUUCUGGGUUAGCGGAGUCUGUAACCUGAAGUGUCUGUAACCUGAGGUACCACUGUAUUUUCUAACCCCCAAAUGGCAAUCAGUCAUCCUGGGAGGUUGAAGAAAACAACUCAAUAACAGUGGUUGUGUCACACCAUACGUUGAAAGCACAUGGCUUUCCCCAAAGAAUCCUGGGAACUGUAGUUUGUUAAGGAUGCUGGGAAGUAUAGCUUCUGAGAGGGUAAACUACAGUUCUUGGAAUUCUUGGGGUGGAGGGAGUCAUGUGCUUGUAAACAGAGGGGAGAAUGUUCUCAGGUGUCCCCUCUAAAGAGCCUGUGGGAAAGCAAAACGUUGUGGUAGGAGGAGGAUUAUGUGAACAUUAAUUUUUCCCACCCAAUAUCAGGUCUAUUUCUUGGUAUAUUUAGAAACCUAGAAGAGCCUGUUGGAUCCAGCAUCCUGACUCUCACAGCGAUCAACCUGAUGCCUGUGGGAAACCUGCAAGCAGGAUCCGAGCGCAAGAGCCCUCUCUCCUCCUGUGGUUUCCAGUCCUGCCCUCUGUCCCAUCCUUUAUCCCACCAGCCCCAGUAGGCAGCAGCUGUCACUGUAUGAUAAUAUACAGUAUACUGCUGAUGAGCUCAGGGUUAUGCAAGCUAUGUAGCCCAAACAGGUCUACUGAGAACCCCAAGGUUUGUAGACACUGAAAAAUAUUUACAAAGUAAACCUAAGAGGCCCCCUCCCAAAAAGAAAGAAAGAAAGAAAACUCAGUUCAAUUAAGGUUUCACUUGUGGUUUAUAGAGUCCUGAGAGCUCUAUUUGCAUUCAUGAGUUGAAAGCAAGGCUUACGUUCUAGUGAGCGAUUAAAAGAGCAACUGUUUGCAGUAUGAUAUGUGCAUCGGGGAGAGAUGCUCUCCUGAAACUUUUGUGAACUGCUGAGUAUUGCUCAGCUGGAAGGUGUAUGCUUCAUUAAGGCGUGUUGAAUUUUCCAGAUUUCAAAUUCCAAAAAUAACUUGGGAACUCAAAAGAUGUUUUGCUUAAAUCAAUAUAAUUUGGUUCUGCUUGGUAAGUAAGAUGUGUGAAAAAUUGCACAGAAGCCUUUUAAUAAAAAGAUUGCCAAGUACUUGCAAAUAUGUUAUAUAUUAUUAUUAGUAGUAGUAGUAGUAUUCAAUAGUAUUAUAUUAUUAAGGAUUACCUGACAUUUUCAGAAGGCAGGUUUAAGAUUCUUUAGUUUUCAGAAAGCAGUUUAUGUGCUUAUUCAUCAGAUGUAGACUUACCAAGCUGCAUGUUGUCCAGUCACAUCAAUAAUAGCAGGUUUGUAUUCCUCACACCCAAACAAUAUUUUUAAGACCGCUCGCUGAAGAAAUUUGCAAAAAUUAAGUUUCACCCCCUAAAACCAGGGAGAGGGCCUUCUUGGUAGUGGCUAUCAGAUGUUAAGGAAAUAAACAACUACCUGACUUUUGGAAAACAUCUGAAGGCAGUCCUGUUUAGGAAGGUUUUUAAUGUUUGAUGUAUUUAUUGUGUUUUUAAUAUUCUAUUGGGAGCCACCCAGAGUGGCUGGGGAAACCCAACCAGAUGGGCAGGGUAUUAAUAAUAAUAAUAAUAAUAAUCAUCAUCAUCAUCAUCAUCAUCAUCAUCAUCAUUAUUAUUUUAUAUGACACGCUUCAUGGUCUCUUAUCUCUGGGUCUCUCCCUCCCCUCUCGCAGUGCUGCAAGCUGGUUAAAGCCCCCCACUGCUCUCAGGAAGAGUCACGCGCCACGCUACCUGCGCCCAGCCUAUUGGCAUAACAACAGGAGCAAGCUUCUCUUCCUGGGCAGCUACCUGUGCAUGAACAUCAUCCUCUUCACCUUUGCGGCCUUGAAGCAUGUUGACUCUGGCCCCUGGAUCAUGUUGGCCAAAGGUUGCGGUCAGUGCCUGAACUUCAACUGUGCGUUUAUAGUGGUGAGUAAUGCAAUGUAUUCAUUAUGUAGUGAAUGUGUUAAGCGUACAGAAGUGGCCGUGGUGGGUCAGAGCAGAGGUCCGGCGAAAAGACAGAGCAAGAACAAGUUAAUUCUCUCUGUUUGUAUUCUAUGCUGCUCCUCUAAGGCUAAUUAAAAACCCACAACCUCCAAUAAGUAAGUCAGGUGGUGAGUAUCAGCAAGAUCUGAGCCACAGUAGGGCUACUGAGAAACAGGAAGGCAAUAUUGGCCAUGCUUGGGGGAAGGGGAACCUCAAGGUUUACAAAAGUACAAGAAGUCUUUAAAAGAUUUUUUUAACCCAUUGAGGACUGAAGAUACUCAAUAAGUUGAGUGUUAGUUGGAAAAACAAAAACAAAAGAAGAAAAGGUUGGGGGAUGCAAAGGAGUGUCUUGGAGAAGGGCAUGGCUGGCUCAUCACCAUGAUACUCCAUUCCAUACCACCACCACCAGAACUGUGGAAAGGAGCACUUUGUUGCAGGCCCCCUUAUUGAUUUCUGUCGUCAAAUCUCGCCUCUUGCUGCUUAGGUGUGCUAUGAAUGUUUGAAAUAAAUAGAUUUGCCUACCCAGCAUUCUGUGUCUGACAAUGCCCAAUUCACAAGCAUCCUUGGCAACUAUCCUUGAUUUUGUCCGGGCUCUGGAAGAUGCUCAUAGCCAAGAAGUGGAACACAAGCUUUGCAUGCAUAGAUUCAAUUCCCUGGCAUCUCUAAUUAGCUGGGAAAGCACAUGGGCUUUUUUUUUCAGCCAGAACUCACCAGAAUUGAGUUUUUUCACCUCUUUGGUGCGUUGCAUCACCUCUGCGAUUAGGGACGCGGGUGGCGCUGUGGGUUAACCACAGAGCCUAGGGCUUGCCGAUCAGAAGGUUGGCGGUUUGAAUCCCCGCGAUGGGGUGAGCGCCCAUUGCUUGGUCCCUGCUCCUGCCAACCUAGCAGUUCAAAAGCACAUCAAAGUGCAAGUAGAUAAAUAGGUACCACUGCUGCGGGAAGGUAAACGGCGUUUCCGUGCGCUGCUCUGGUUCGCCAGAAGCGGCUUAGUCAUGCUGGCCACAUGACCCGGAAGCUGUAUGCCGGCUCCCUCGGCCAGUAAAGCGAGAUGAGCGCCGCAAUCCCAGAGUCAGUCACAACUGGACCUAAUGGUCAGGGGUCCCUUUACCUUUACCUAUCACCUCUGUAGCUUUGCGGCACUUUGGCAUACCACUUUGUGUUGCGCGAUGGAGGCUGUGUGCGGGGGUGGCGCAGCAAUUGCUGUGGUGUAGGGUGGUGGUACUGUGGUGGGUGCCCCCCUAAAAGAAGCUCAACAAGUUUUGUCACCUCUUUUUCUAGAAAAAAAGCCCUGCAAGCAGUAUCCCUGAUGCUGCAAAGAGCCACGACCAGUCAGGCUAUACAGCUAGAACAGGCUUCCUCAACCUCGGCCCUCCAGAUGUUUCAAGACUACAAUUCCCAUCAUUUCUGACCACUGGUCCUGCUAGCUAGGGAUCAUGGGAGCUGUAGGCCAAAAACAUCUAGAGGGCCGAAGUUGAGGAAACCUCAGCUAGAAGGACUAAACUUUUGGCUCAGUAUAAAUCCAUUUCAUAUGCUUGUGGAGCACUGUCCUUUUAGAAGCAUGCCUGGUGCAAACAUGUGGCUCUUCAGCUAACUUCUACAGCUAUUUUCUCACCCCUUGAAGGUGCUGAUGUUGCGCCGAUGUUUGACCUGGUUACGGGCUACCUGGGUAGCCAGACUUCUGCCUCUAGACCAGAAUGUCAUUCUGCACCAGCUAAUGGGCUAUGCAGUGGCGGUUCUAACAGCGGUUCACACAGGGGCCCAUGUGGCCAACUUUGGUAAGUGACAGUUUUCUAAUUAUUUAUUUUAAAUAUUUUUAUACAGCCUUUCAAUCCUACCAUGCCUCCUUUGAAGUAACAGGUAGGCCGGGUUGGGGGGUGGCUCUGUGAACUUUCCACCUCCACCCUAAAGACAUAAGGAGAACAAUGAUUUUAGCCACCCAUGGGCUGCUCUCCUGUGUUUUCCCUGUGGUGCUUGCAUCUUUUUUUAGGCUGCAGAAAAAUUGACUAUUUUAAAGAGUCCAAUAGCACAAUCUCCACAGGUGUAAAUGACUUAGCACUAAUCUUUCCCCCCCUUUUUUUUAAAAAAAGAAGUGUGGUUUUUACAUGUGCAGCGAUGCCUAUUGCCAUGCAUAUCCACAUAGGCACACUUGAACUACUACCUUUGCCCAUGGUGUUAUUUUAUCAGCAUGUUGCUUUUUUUUCCUUUAUCAGGAUUUUAAUUUGUGCUAAAACACCUAUUUUUAAAAACUGAAAUAUUCACACGCAAUAGUGCGUAAAUCAGAAAUGUGUGGGGUUUUUUGCAUACAUUAAUGUAUCAUUGUGUGUUGUUUCUAAAGGCUGCCUCCUCUGGUGUUUCUGGACGGUACCAUUUUAUCAUCUCGUUCGCCCACUCCAAUCCUCCAAGUUGCUCUAAAACUCUUUGAAACAUCUGUUUUAAAGUUUUUGAAGCAACUGUGCCAUAGCAGUUAAAUAAAAAUGUGCUUUAGUGCAUACCUAGACAGUUGUUUAAAAUCGAAUUGUUUAAAGGUCUAAAAGAUGCAUGCUCUGGUCCUUCUCCAACAUCUUUCUCCUUGCUCACAUGCUUUGAUGUGGGCAGAAUGGAUCAGGAUGUUCACAUACAAAAAGUGCUAUUUGCUUGAAGAAAGUGUGUGCGCUUCCUACAUUCCCUGCCUACACAAACAGACAUACCGUCUGCUCCAACAUGCCAGGGGCUUAUGGGAGUUGUAGUCCAACUCUCAUCUGGAUGAUACAAGGUUGUCUUAGAGCCUAAUGGUUCAUAUCAUCAUCACCAUCAUCUUCAUAUAAUAAUAAUUUAUUAUUUAUACCCCACCCAUCUGGCUGGGCUUCCCCAGCCACUCUGGGCGGCUUCCAACAAAAUAUACAGUAAUGCAUCAAACAUUAAAACAUUAAAAGCUUCCCUAAACAGCGCUGCCUUCAGAUGUCUUCUAAAAGUCUGUGGUUGUUGUUCUCUUUGACAUCUGGUGGGAGGGCAUUCCACAGGGCGGGUGCCACUACCGAGAAGGCCCUCUGCCUGGUUCCCUGUAACGUGGCUUCUCACAGUGAGGGAACCACCAGAAGGCCCUCGGUACCGGACCUCAGUGUCUGGGUAGAAUGAUGGGGGUGGAGACGCUCCUUCAGAUAUACUGGACCGAGGCUGUUUAGGGCUUGAAAGGUCAGCACCAACACUGAAUUGUGCUCGGAAAUGUACAGAAUGCCGUUAUUGUGGUGCUAGUCCACUGCACGACUUGAAUUCUCUUAGUGGAGGUCUUUCUCUCUCCCCUGUAGUGAGAAUGUCUCAGACCAAAGGCACUUAUCAGCUUUGGGAAUACCUCUUCACCACCCAGCCUGGGAUUGGCUGGAUUUAUGGAACUGCCUCCCUCACGGGCCUCAUGCUGCAGCUCCUCAUCGCCCUUAUGCUGGUGUGCUCUAGUACUUUCGUCCGCAAGGGUGGCCAUUUUGAGGUGAUGUGCUUGACUUCCUCCUCCUUCCUGUUGCUUACGUCAUUUGCCUUGCGAGUCAAGUAAUUCCCAAGCGUCAGUGAUCUCUUUUGAGCUUUGCUUAUUUUAAAUUAUCGAUGUGCUCUUCGUCCAAUUUUAACUUCGGGCACAUCCACAUUUCCACUUGUUCAGUGGAAACUUCAAUCCACAGAAAAAUACUAUUGUCGUUUGAACUGAUUCAGUGGGACACAGCGGGUUUUACCGGGAGGAAGUGGUGGGACAAGCAGAAGUGUAGACAAGCCCUUAAUCGUUCAAAACACCUCCUUGCUCUCUUGAAUACGUAAGAUGCCCUUCUUUGUCACCAGCAGGUCUUCUACUGGACUCACCUUUCUUACAUCUUCAUUUGGGCUUUGCUAAUUGUCCACGGUCCUAAUUUUUGGAAGUGGUUUGUGGUGCCUGGAUUUCUUUUCCUCUUAGAGAAGAUCUUCGGUGUUGCCAUGUCACACGUUGGAGGACUGUACAUAGUGGAAAUCAACCUCUUGCCCUCAAAGGUUUGCGUCCCAAACAAUGAUGAAUUAAAAGGGGAAAUGUGUGAAAAUACCUGAUUUUCCGAACAGAGUAGAAGUGGAAGUGAGGUAGCUUAAGCAUCUGAUUUGAUUUCCCAAGCUUAGAAAGCAUUCUGAUUUGUUGCAGGGAGGUUAUAGGAUGUUGUGUCAAUCCAGAGUUUUCCGUGCAUUUUUAACAUCAAAUUCCUUACCCCAGAAAUUCAUAGCACCCUAGAAUUGCAGAGUUGGAAUGGACUCCAAGGGUCAUCUAGUCCAACCCUCUGCAAAGCAGGAAUCACAGCUAAAGAAUCCCUGACAGGUGGCCAUCCAUCCUCUGUUUAAAAUCCUCAAAUGAGGAAUAUUGUGUUGAAGAAAAAUAAGAGGGUGAAGGUAUAUAAAUUGCAAUAUAAAAAUUAGGAAAUGUGUAAUUAAAAAAUUGAAUAAUGGAUGAUUGUUAGAGAGGCUGAAGGAAGUCCAAAAGAGAAAAUAUGUGAUGAAUAUGUUGGAAAAUUAAUAAAAAUUAUUUAUAAAAAAAAUAAAAUAAAAGCCUCAAAUGAAGGAGAGUUCACCCACUUCCAAGGUAGUACAUUUCACUGUCAAACAGCUAUUACCGUCAGAAAGUUAUUUCUAAGGUUUAAUCAGAAUCUCAUUUAUGGUCAGGUUCUACCCUGUCGAGCAGGAGAAAACAAGCUUGCUCCAUCUUUCAUGUGAAUGCCUGUUCAGAUAUCUGAAGAGGGCACUCAUAUCACCUCUCAUCCUUCUCUUCUCCAGGCUAAACAUACCUAACUCCCUCAAUUGUUCCUCAUAAUAACAAUCAUUCUGAAUAUAAUUAUUUUUAAAUGGAUUUGCUGUGCAAGAGCACCAAAUCCACUGUAAGUCUGUAUGCAUACCAUACAUUUAAAGCACAUGACUUCUCCCAGAGAAUGCUGGCAAUUGCAGUUUACUCCUCACGGAGCUACAAUUCCCAGCACCCUUUACAAACUACAGUUCCCAGGAUUCUUUGAGGGGGAGUCGUGCACUUGGAAUGCAUAGAACAUGCGCAGCCUCAUUGUGCAACCUGAAUUUGCUGGCAUGCGACAGAAUCCCAACCCGCUAAAUAGUGACCAUCUGGAAGCCUCAUAUGAGCUGGGCAUUGUGAUUCCAGGUCAAUAGGCAAACAAGAUGUUGCCUUAGUGACGGCAUUUCCCCUCUUCACAUGUGCACUAUCUUGCUCUUUUUGAUCCAGGUGACUCAUCUGGUGAUCAAGAGACCUCCAUUUUUCCACUACAAACCUGGUGACUACGUGUACCUGAAUAUCCCAGUCAUAGCCAAGUAUGAAUGGCAUCCAUUCACCAUCAGCAGUGCUCCAGAGCAACCAGGUAGAUCCCAAGCCAGCCGGAAAGCAGCCUGGGCUGGGGUUUAAAGGCAAGGGCAUCAAACAGCCCACACCAACCUGGUGCCCUGCAGGUGUCGUGGGAACGGUUGUACGCAGGUCCUGCAUGCAAGUUUCCCAUUGAGGCACCUGGUUGGCCACUGUGAGGACAAAGCAUUGGACUAGAUGGAUCCACCGGCUUGAUCCAGCAGCCAGGCUAUUCUUGUGUUCUUCUUCUUAUUAUUAUUUAAUGAAUUUAUAUGCUGCCCUAUACCCAGGGGUCUCAGGGCGGUUCACAAAAUAAAAUCAAGAUAUAAAACCACACAAUACCUAAUAAAAAUUAAAACAGCAACCCAGUACCCAUCCACACAAAAAAACCCCCACAUUUUUAAAGGGCAUAGAAUGUAAAUUGGAUCAACCAAGUGCCUGGUUGAAAAGGAACGUUUUUGCCUGGACCCUAAAGGUGUACAAUGAAGGUGCCAGGCGAACUUCCCUGGAGAGAGCAUUCCACAGAUGGGGAGCCACUGCAGAGAAGGCCUGUUCUUGUGUUGCCACCCUCCGGACCUCUCGAGGAGGCAGCACAUGAAGGAGGGCCUCAGGAGAUGAUCUUAGGGUCUGGAUAGGUUCCUAUGGAAAGAGGUGCUCCUUGAGGUAUUGCAGUCCUGAGCCAUUUAAGGCUUUAUAGGUUAAAACCAGCACUUAUGCCAAGUCCUCCUAUCAGUCCCAACCAGCACUGCCAGAAGCUAUAGUCGAAAACAUCUGGAGGGUAUCAGGUUGGCAAAGGAUGGCAUAAAGGGUAUAAAAACCUUGAUAUAUAAUUCAUCUGGUCCCACUGUCUGUCAUGCCAGGAAGAAAGAGUCCCAUGCUAUUGUCCCAGAGCAGCAACUCAGGGCUGUACAGAUCUACUGAAGCAACCCACAUCAAUGCUGCAAUAGAUUUCUCUCUGCAGAAAUAUUGAUAAAGUCACUUCUCUCCCUAAUCCCCCUCUUGUGACCCAGGCUUGAUAUUCCCAUUGGUUUGUAUGUGUUAUGAAAUUAACGUUGGUCCUGUUCCUACUCUUUUCAAAAUCAAGUUUGCAAUAUUCCAAAAGGCUUGCAAAGCUCAGAUCAGGCUCAGGACGUUUCAGGUAUAAUCCCUUUUCUGGUGUCUCCAGCCCACCCAAACCUUGCCACCUCAUCCUUGAGGCGGCUCUAAGUAAGUGAGGAGUUCCUGCCUCUUAAUUUGGGAAAGGUGGCCUUGAUCCACUUCUUGCUAUGAGGUGGGUUACCUCCUGGCUCUUGGCUCAGUUUAACGAGGACGGCUAAGGAUGCUUGUGUUCCUCACUGGGUAACCUUCUGCUUUCUCUCCAAAGGGACCAUCUGGCUGCAUAUACGGUCCCUGGGACAGUGGACCAACAGGCUAUAUGAAUACUUCUGGAAUCAACAGGAGUGUCAUGACCACAGGUCCGAAUGGCUGGACAGAAAGGCAAAGGCAAAGAAGAAGAACAGGUCCCAGAAAUGGGUGCAGGUUUGCGAUUAAAACAACAACAACUCAGUAACCAUGAUUGUGGGGUCUUCUAUGGCAUUUAAAAAAUCUUAAUGGGUUGAUUCUAAGUUAAAUUCUUUGGCAUUGCACUGGAUGAACACAGUACUGGGGGGUUAUGGAGUGGGGGUAGAGGCAAAGCUGAGGCUCUGGGCAUGCUUGGACAUUCAUUGCAUAGAGAAAUCAUUUCUGUAUGGAGCAAGGUCUUUUGUGCGGAGGGGGAUUACAAUUUGUGUGGGCAGAAUACUGAGCACAACCCAUCACUGACUCACCCAGCCCUUGUCAACUUGUGGACAGCAACACAGAGCUGAAGCAAGGCCAAGGCCAAGAAGGCCGCAGGUCAGAUCCUGCAGCUCACCAUGAACUUUUGUUCCAGAAAUGUCUCUUUGGCUCCUCUGACCUGGACCAGCCUGUGGCCAGCAGUUCCGAUGAGAUGGUUGAGAUCUUAUCUUACAUGCCCAUCAGGCAUCCCAGCUGGGAGACUGCGAGUGUCGGAGCAGCCAGCCAGUGCAAGGAGGGGAACACACAACCCAGAAGAGGAAAGGUCUGGCUUCUCCUGGCAAAUAUGUGUACAUUCCAUCCUUGAUAGAUCUGCCCCUCUCCCCCACAGAAAGUCAUACUUCAGCUCUUGCUAUAUGGCAAGGAGUCCAGAGACUGUGCUGAAGGGUUUAGUUUCCUUCAGGAGUGAGGCUACAGGAGGCUUAGGUGCUUCCUUGAAUCUUGACAAAUGUGCAAGGAGAACAGAGCAGAAGCAAACAGACUCCUAAGACAGACAUGAAAAUCUUCACCAGUUCCCCUGUGCUUCCAGGCCAGCAUCAUAUAGCACUAAACUCACAGCUCUAUUCCUCUGUUUCUGAAUGAAAAAAGUUCAGCUUCUUUCAUCUCUCCUUGCAGAGUGCUGGUUUCAAACUUACAGGUAAAUUGGCCUCUUAAGGAAACUUGCACAGUUAUUAGGGAACACUGUGAACUGGCAGGGUAUACUGGUGUGCUUUUUCUGUCCAUAUAUAUAUAUAUAUAUAUAUAUAUAUAUAUAUAUAUAUAUUGUUUCCUUAUUCUUUGUUAAAUAAAAAAAAAAUUUAAAAAGAGAUAGGGAAAAAUGAGAAAGCAAAAGAAACAAUAAUUUACAGUGCCAUCCACCCCUAAAUAGGGCUCUUUUUUCUAAUGGGACAUGGUGGACCUUUUGCUAACAAGAACAUAUUUGUUAACAGAUUCCUGGCAGGCUUAGUGAGAAUCAGAGACUCUGUAACAUCAAGGUAAGAUCUGCUGCUGCUCUAUGAAAUGCCUUGAGCACCCACAAGCAGGCCAGGUUCUGUACAGAGUUUAGAAGCAUCCCUUCCCCAGAGACAUUGGGGGGGCUGCAGGAGGGAGCAACCAGGUAUCAGGAGAAAGCUCAGGUUGUAUCAAGUAGCUGAGUACAGAAGUCAGAUUUUGUAAGGUUUCAUAAAGGGGCAGGCAGGCACUUGAAGAAAAAAAGAGGUGGGAAUGUGCCCUGGGCAGAGACAGAAGCAUAUUAGCACCUGCAACACCACAGUUUGUCUUAGCGUGUGUCAGGUGAUGCUAAGCUAAAAUGUGGGAGUGGGCUUUGGGACAACGUUCCCCCUCUUAUAAAGAUGUCCCCUUACUUUUGAUGCAGUUUAAAUCUCUCAGAGUGAGAGGAAAGCGAAAGCUUUGCUUGCCCUCUGUUCUGUCACGUAGCCAAAUCUAAAUAGGCUAUAUCUGGUGCUGCGGUGACAUCAUGUUCGUUACACAAUCCCUGAUGGGCUGGGAUCAUGCAGAGAAGAAGCCCUUCCAAGAGAAAAGUUGGCAGCAAGACAGCAACCAACAGGAAAAGCGAUGGCCACAAAGAGGCAUCCCAGAAGGGAGGGACAGUGGCAGCUAGCGGCAAUGGCAGGGGUAGCGAAUCCCUAGGCAAGCCAGGCCCAAAUGCAGGCCAGGGUUCUGAACUCCCACAGUUGUGAAUUCUUCCUUAUAACUAUGAAGAUUGUUCACUGAAAGCUUAGUUAACUCCUCUGCGGUCCCCGAGGGCAAAUCGUAACAUAACAAGCCAGAUUUACCACGAACAGGAUCAAAUCAGUGUUGUGCCGUUAUCUCCCUAGUGUUACAUCGAUGGUCCUUAUGGGACUCCCACUCGAAGGAUCUUCACAUCAGAGCAUGCUGUUCUAAUAGGAGCAGGAAUUGGGAUUACACCCUUUGCCUCCAUUUUGCAAAGCAUCAUGUUCAGGUUGGUCUGCUGCAGAUUAGAAUCAAUUCUUUUGUCAAAGUUGCAGAACCUGCAUUUCCCCCCGUUUCCUAAACUAGUUUUAGAAUGUGCAAUCUUUUAUUUGAUCAACAUCUUGUGCAAGGGUGGGGAAACCUUUUCAGUCUGAGAGCUGUAUUCUCGCAUGGGUACCUCCCGAGGGUCAGGGCAAAAGCGGGUGUGUCUGUACCUUUGUACAGCAGACUAAAUUCCAGCCACAAAAAUGCCGGAGGUCACCACAGAUGAUGCAUCUCUACAGUCUUCAUCCAGGUAAGCAAGAGGGAUUAUCGCAGGUCAAGGACGCAUUCCAGCCUUCCCUAAACUUUCAGGAAAUGUAGCUCUGGGGAGGAAGUGUGGCUUACUGAGAAUCUUCAUGGAUAAAUAGAGAUAUCUGCCUUUGGUUCUUGGAGGUCUGCAUCCCACCCCAAACCCUCUCCCAGCCUGAGGUUUCCCACCCCUGGUCUACUGUCAGAAAGGUAGUAUGAUUCGAAACCUUGUCUACUUCUUGUAAACCAAUACACGCAACUUUUAAAAAUGGUUGCAACUUUUAAAAAAUCGCCAUUGAACUUUCCAAGUAAUAAGCAACAGCCAUUCCUGGUUGUAUUUGUUAAUGCCAGCUGCUAAGAAAGGCUGACAAUUCUCUGCUCACCUCAAAAGAUACCCUAUAAUUUUUCUUUCUUUCUUUCUAGACACCGUAUGCGAAAGCAAACCUCUUCUAGCCAGGAAAACAUGAAACUCCUGAAGGUGAGGUGGCGUCCUCAGCUGUGGCUUGGACGUUUGUGCAGAAAAGCAUUUUUUCCCUACAAAAGCAAUGAACAGCAGUAGCAGUAAGUAAAACCUUCUUGUCUUUAGGUUGACUUUAUCUGGAUCAACAGAGACCAAAAAUCAUUUGAAUGGUUUGUAAGCCUGCUGACCGAGCUGGAAAUCAAUCAGGCUGAAGAAGACCCUAGCAGUAGGUGACCAUUUUUUGUCCUUGCCUUUGUUUAACUGUGACCCAAACUGAACACCAUCCUCAAGAGGAUGAACUAGAAUGAUGCCCCCCUGAGGCUUCCAAACUUAAACUGUGGGUUGGAUAUAUUUUGAUGAGAAAACUGGACUGAAUUCACACAUGAACCAUUCUAAACCCCCCCAGCACCCUUUAUCUCUCCUCCCCCCUCCCUCCCUCCCCCCCCUCUCUCUCACACACAAACCUUCUCUUAGUGGGGUGCCAGAAAACCUGAACUGGCUCAAAACACAGAAUUUCUCCAUUCUAACAUCCAGGCUUUCCUUAUUGAAAUUAAUGUAAAAAAACAAACAAACCACACAUGCAAAAUACCAUGUUUCAGUUGACCUCUCAAUAUGAUUUCAAAGAAAUGUGUGAUGGAUCAUUGGGGGGGGGGGCUGUGCAAGGUAUGCCCACUGCCUGCCACCACCAAUGCUCCUGGCAACCAUGCCACCAGCAUGUUCAGCAUGCAUGAGAAGGUGGCGCUCUGUGUGUGUACCAAUGUACCAGCACAGAACUUCUCCACAUGCGAUAAGAUCCUGGGCCAACCAGAGUGGUGCAUGCUCUAGUUAUCUCCUGCUUGGACUACUGCAAUGCGUUCUAUGUGGGGCUACCUUUGAAGGUGAACCAGAAACAACAGUUAAUCUGGAAUGCGGCAGCUAGACUGGUGACUGGGAGCGGCUGCCGAGACCAUAUAACAUUGGUCCUGAAAGACCUUCAUUGGCUCCCAGUACGUUUCUGAGCACAAUUCAAAGUGUUGGUGCUGACCUUUAAAGCCCUAAACGGCCUCAGCCCAGUAUACCCAAAGGAGCGUCUCCACUCUCAUGGUUCAGCCCGGACACUGAGGUCCAGCUCCGAGGGCCUUCUGGCAGUUCCUCACUGCGAGAAGUAAGGCUACAGGGAACCAGGCAAAGGGCCUUCUCGGUCGUGGUGCCCACCCUGUGGAACGCCCUCCCACCAGAUGUCAAGGAAAUAAACAACUAGCUGACUUUUAGAAGACAUCUGAAGGUAGCCCUGUUUAGGGAAGUUUUUAAUGUUUGAUGUUUUAUCGUGUUUUAAAUAUUCUGUUGGAAGCUGCCCAGAGUGGCUGGGGAAACCCAGCCAAAUGGGCAGGGUAAUUAUUAUUAUUAUUAUUAUUAUUAUUAUUAUUAUUACCAGGACCUCGCCCACCUCUUAUGUGGAAGAGGUUUAUAUGCACAUAUAUGUUGCCAUGCCUGUGUAGAGCCGCAUCUCAUGAGGGCCAAAGAUGGGAAGGGGCUAUAGCUCAGUAGAAGAGCCCCUGCUUUGCAGUCCCCAGUGGCGUCUCCAGGUAGGGCUGGGAGAGAUUUCCUGAAUCCCUGGAGAGCCACUGCUGCCAGUCAGUGUAGACAAUACUGAGCUAUAUGGACCCAAGGUUCUCAGUCCGUAUAAAGCAGUUUCCUCUGUUCCUGUGCAGCUGGUGGGUUGAGGUGAGGGUCACAAACCCCUGAACCCCCAACCCCCCGCUUUAAAUAUAUUUCCAUGUUCCUUCUGAUGCGCAGACCGCUUCUUGGAGAUGCACUUGUACAUGACCUCUGCUCUUGGCAAGAAUGACAUGAAGGCUAUCGGCCUGCAGAUGGCGUUAGAUCUCCUAGCCAAAAAGGAGAAGAAAGACUCCAUCACGGGCCUCAAGACAAGAACCCAGCCGGGGCGCCCAGAUUGGAACAAGGUAGACUUCACAAAGCUACUUUUCACAUAAUUUACAACAGCCCCCCCAACCCCCCCCCCCCGGUGCCCCAUGUACAUAUUUGAGCUGCAGCUCCCACCAGUCCCUGACACCAAAACAGCUGAAUGGCACCGGGCUGGGAAGACCGAUUCCCAAACAUCCUUCGUGGCUGUGGUAUGAGCUGCUUUUUAAGAACAGAUUCUAGGUCAGUAGUCCAGCCUGCUCAGUGGGUUCCCUUGGGCCAGGCAGCCUCAGCCUAACUGACCCCACAGAAUUGUUGUGAAAAUAAAUGGGUGCGGGCAGAACCUUUGGAGGAAGGGCAGAAUAAAAAUGCAUUUUUUUAAAAAAAUGCAUUUGAGAUGUAUCUGGGGAGCCCAAGGCGAGGCCAGCACCUUCUUCUGAAGCUUGAAAAGAGAGUUGUUAGAUUUCUGUCUUGCAUCUCUUCCCGGUACCCCCAGCUCUUUCAGAAACUAGCAAAAGAAAACAAAGGGAAGGUCCAUGUCUUCUUCUGCGGCUCUCCAGCUCUUGCCAAAGUCAUCAAAGCUCAUUGCGAGCAGUUCAAAUUCCAGUUCUUCAAGGAGCACUUUUGAGCAGCAUCCCUGGACCAUCCCGGACUGAGAUGUUAAGGCUGCAAGUUAUGCGUGAGUUAAGUAGGCAAUUUGAUUUGUGGAAGAAAACAUUUGUGGAAUAGUUCACCAAGACCCCCAGCCAUUUUCAAGUGGUCCUUAGAAAUGUUUUUGAUAACUGCUGUCCUAGGGAUACUUUGUAAAUCAACCCUUCCUCUGUAUUUGAAUGGGCCAAACUACACAUUGUGGUUAAUCAUGUAGUUUGCCAUUGAAUAAAAAGACCUUUCUUUCCGAAAUAGCCAGCGUGAAAGGCAGUUGUCUGGAUUGGGAGGGAGGUCAGCAUGGGGAGGGGAGGGGGCUCGAACACUUUGUUCCCUGCUGUGGUCCCAAUUUGGAUCCCUCCACACACACACACCCCUGGGUUCUGGCCCUUUCUCUUCUCUCUUCCAACUGUAUGCAAGAAGGAGUCACCAUUGCAAUGGGAAAGGACAGUGGGGAAAGCUCAGCUGAGCAGGCUCCUUCGGGGCAGAAGAACAUGUUCGGUUCAGGGUGAGGAACAGCAGUUGGGCUGGCUGAGGAUGCUUUUGCCAGCUGCAUAGCGCAACCCGCCCCAGAAUUCCUUGCAAUGCCACAGAAGACACUCCCAGCUCACACAUGCAUGCCUGGCUCAUUUGAGUGCACACCCUCCCCCCAAUAUUGCCACUCUAAGGCCCUGCUCUCUCUGUGUCUCGAAAUCUGUGUGAUCCGACUUUACGAUACCUGCAGGGCCAGCAGCACAUCAAGCACAUUUUACCCAUUUCUUGAACAGAUUUUGAGAAGCCCCUGCCCCCUGCUUUCCUGGAGUAGGCUGUAUUUCCACCACCGUCUAAGAGUAGUUGAGAAGAGAUCCAUCAUAUUUCCUAUCCUUUCCUGGGCGAGAAAAUAUCCCCCUUCCUUCUUCCAGGAAGCGCUCCUCCAAGGGGCAGGCAAUGAUUCCAGCUGCUACCUGCUAUCCCAGGCAGGCUUGUACUGGCAAAAGGAAUGAAGAAAUGCCAGAGGAGGAGGAGGAGGUGGAGGAGGGCAGUGUCUGUUUGUUGAGGCCUGGAAAGCAGGAGCUGCCUAGGGGUGAGCUAGGACAACCUUUCUUCUUCCUCCACCUCCUCUACCAGUGUUUGACAGACAUAGCUGCCCUCAUUUUAAGUUAAUAAACAAGAGAUUCUUGCUC